AAAGAGGAACAGCAGAGAAGAUUAUUAACACCAUGAGGAUAUUUCUGCUUUCAUUGUUUGUUGUUAUUUUGGCUUCUGUGUCAUGGGCAAAAAAUGGGAUUAUAGAAAAAGGAUCAAAAGCAAAAAAGCACAAAGCUCCUAAAAUUAAAGAGGAGGAAAAUGUUCUAAUACUUACAAGCUCCAACUUUGCCAGAGCCCUAAAGGAAAAUAAAUACUUAUUGGUCAAAUUCUACAUUGCGUUAUCUGGUCCAUCACAAGCAGUUGGAGGAGAAUUUGCCACAGCUGCGGAACAGCUCAAGAAAGAAUCUGAAGUGAGGUUUGGCCAAGUGGACAUCACGCAAGAAAAGGAUCUUGGGAAAGAGUUUAACAUAAAGGAAUUUCCUACAAUGAAGCUCUUUGUUGACAGUGAUAGGCAAAACCCCAUUGAUUGCAAAGGUGUAAGAAAGGCUUCUGCUUUUGUCACGUGGCUGAACAGAAGAAUGGGACCCAGUGCUAUUUCCAUAAACUCCACUGAACAGUUUGAUUCUUUCAUUAACUCGGAUAAUGUGGCUGUAGUUGGUUUCUUUAAGACACAGAGUAAUAUACAAAAACAUUUCUAUGAAGCUGCGAGGGACGUCCCAGAUUUACCAUUUGGGACAGUCAGCACUGAGGAUGUUUUCUCCCAUGUGGGGUUUACCAAAAAUGUAAUUGUCGUAUACAAAAAGGACAAACCUAUCCAUUAUCUAAUAUCAGAAGAAGAAAUACAAAGCACAUUGGACCUUAUAAGGCUAAUAAGGACAUAUAUAAUGGAUUUGGUGACCGAGUAUAAUCUGGAGACAUCAGUAACCAUUUUUGAUGUCCCCAUUGAAAGUCACAUUUUACUUUUUGCCUCCAAAAGCUCAGAAUCAUUCAGUACAAUAUAUGAAAAUUAUGAGUCAGCAGCAAUGGAGUUUCGGGGAAAGUUUGUUUUUGUCUUUGUUGAUACUGAUGAAACCCGGAACGGCCGUAUAUUUGAAUAUUUCCGCAUCACAGAAGUUGAUACACCAGGGGUUCGUAUUUUGAACCUGACCAGUGAUGUGCAGUACAGGAUGCCAGCUGACGAAGUCAACUUUGAAAAUUUGAGGCGUUUCUGUCAAAGUUAUUUGGACGGGAAAGCCAAGCCAAAAACGGACAGUGAAGAAAUUCCAAGUGACUGGGACAAAAAUCCAGUGAAAGUUCUGGUGGGAAAGAACUUUAAUCAAGUUGCUUUUAAUAAGAGCAGCAACACAUUUGUCAUGUUUUAUGCACCUUGGUCCCAAGAAUGCAAAAGCCUAUUGCCAGUUUGGGAAGAGUUAGGAAGAAGAUUUCAAAAUCAUGAUAAUGUAACCAUUGCCAAAAUCGACUGCACAGCCAAUGAUAUUAAACUCAUUGUGUUAGAUCGCUAUCCGUAUUUUCGGUUCUUUCCAGUUGGAUCAGACACUAAGACAAUCCGCUAUACAGGUACAAGGACAAUUGAGGCUUUCACAGAAUAUUUAGAAAAGGAAAUGAAACGUUCACACAAAGAAGAUGAAAUGGCAUCUGCUGAGUUACAAAACCAACAAGAUGAAGAUAAGGAUGAGAAUUAUUUAAAAGAAGAACUCUAAGAUGAUCAUAAUACAACUGUACCCAUUUCUACAUCAUUUACAAAAAAAUGCAAUAACAAAUAUUUAAUAAAUAAAGUAUUGUUUUGUUAUGUUU